GAAAAAUAACGAUGAUGUAUUUGGGUCAAUCCCAGUUUUUUCUCACACUGUCAGAGGCGUGACCAAUGUGAUUAUAACGGGAAUCUUCUAAGCAUAGCAGGCAUGUCCAUUUAUGCUGUUGAGUGUUAAUCCCCUGCAUUGUCCCACACAACAUAUGCUUCGGGGCAUAACAUCAUGAUACCAAGAUUGUCGACGACUAACCGACAACAAAGUUUGGAAACGGAGUACUACCAUGGCGAUUCAAUGGCACCAAAGAAAAAUAGCGCAUUUAAUUUCGUUGCCAGGCAAAAUGACCGUCAGGCAAUCUGCUUCCUCUAUGCCGCCUCAGUUGUGGCGGCCAGUCUAUCGAUUGCUGUUGCGUCAAUGAAAUACUCGGAUACCAACGAUCAACCGAGCGUUACGGCAAAGUGGGGCCAACCGUUGUUCGAGAGUAGUUUAUAUGCGACCAGCUGCCUUAUACUGCUCACAAUGGCAGGAUUUUUUGAAUGCCACAGAGGUCAAACAUUUGAAGCGGUUCACCGAGGCAAAGGUCCAGUCCCUUUCAGUGUGAAAUUCUCUGUUAAAGGAGAAAAAGUCAAUCUGUAUCUUCGUCUUGGAUUAGCUAUGUUCGGUGUGAUGAGCAUAGCUCAUGUGGCUGUGAAAUUUGCAGAGGACACACGAGAAAAGCGAAACGAUGUCCUUUUGUACCUGAAGUCAAUCUUGGAAAUGGCUUUUUUCGCUCUGCAAACAUUGUUCAUAUUACGCUAUCACCGGCUUGUCAUACUUCGUCACAAUGAAGUCAUGGGAGCAGGUCUUGUGCAUUUAUUGACAACAAAUUUGUGCAUGUGGGCUGACAUUUCUGUUGGAAAAAUUGACAAGACUCUGAGCGUCGGGGGACACAAAAUCGGACCGCUAGCCUUCGUAGAAUCGAACGGGGCAGCUAACCUCGUCAACUUGUACAAUCAAAGCCAGUACAUGAAAUCUCGGUCAGAUGAAGAAGGUUUCUUCGGUGUCUCAUUUUACCUCCUGCCCACUGUCAGUGAAUACUGUCUUCUGGCGGCCGCUCUAUUGUAUGAAAUUACAGUGCGUAUAGGACAGCCGAGCUUCAUAGAAAUCGAAAAAGUAAAGGACGGAAAGCCACACAAGAAUAAAUUUCACGAAUGCCGUGGAUGCAUAACAAGCGCCGGGUCUUGGUUCAGUAUUCUAACGGUCACCGUGGUUGUGGCCUUGACGAUCGGCACACUGGCAACGCCGAAACCACCGUAUACACAUCAAAAUUACUGGAAAUCCAUAACAAUUCUUGCUGAGGAGGCAACGCUGUGUGCUUUUGGUUUGGGGUUUGUAGUGACAGCAAUUUACCAAACUCGCAAACUGAAAUUCAGCAUUGCAACUCGACAAAGCCAUGUGGAAGAAUUCCUAUUGUACACAGCUUUUUUCUUCAGCUCGAACUACACAAUAUCAACCAUUAUUCUUGCCAUGGAUUUGAAAGAACGGGGUGAGAGUUUGGCGAUGGAAAUAAAACAGCUUAAGGAACAGGACGGAGCGCUCCUGGAUGGUGAACAUCCAGUGAACACACAUCGAACGGAACGUUUCCUGAUAAUUGUCAGGUGCAUUCUCAAGGCACUGGAAUUGUUGCAAAUUGUCGUUCAGACGUACAUGAUUCAAGACUGCUUCCAUCGAUGUAGCGAUAAACUUACACAUCAGAUAAUUAAACCGGGACGUCAGUCCAUUGUAGCCUUGUUGGGGAUCAACCUUGCCCUUUGGAUUCAGCAAAGUUUUCAGAUAAUUGUCAGGUGCAUUCUCAAGGCACUGGAAUUGUUGCAAAUUGUCGUCCAGACGUACAUGAUUCAAGACUGCUUCCAUCGAUGUAGCGAUAAACUUACACAUCAGAUAAUUAAACCGGGACGUCAGUCCAUUGUAGCCUUGUUGGGGAUCAACCUUGCCCUUUGGAUUCAGCAAAGUUUUCAGCUGAAAAAUGCCGACAUAAUCUUCCUAUUGCCGAAUGAGAAAGACAGCUACGGGUGGAUACUUUUUGUGGUAACCAUGCCAAUCAGUCUGUUCUAUCGGUAUCACUGUACUGUAUGCUUGUCGCAAUGCUUCAACAAAUUAUAUGAAGAUGAGACUCAGAGAUUUGAGGAAAUAUGGCGCUACCGAGUGGAUCCUCUCACCGAUAUGGUUAUUCCUGCUAUGGACAGCUUUUGUAUGUACGAUCACACAGAACCGAAUGGCCGCAACUCAAGAGACCAAAAAUCUUCGGACGAUUCCAUCACGAGUGCUCGAACAAAACGGAUGGGCAUCUUUCUGAAGAAUAAACCUUGGAAGACCGUAGAUAUCCCGGAUGAGCAACACUCACCAACAGAUAUGGAAAUCCUAAGGGUCCAGGAUGAUGAACAUGAGCCAAGCAAUCAUGAGAUACCAAAACUACAAACGGUUUCUUCGAAGCUCGAUUCAAACCAAAUACCUGAGGAGAAAUAUCUGACUGAUGAAAUAAACGUACCUGUGAUGCAAAUAAAUGACAGUUCGUAUGAGUUUGGCGACGACAUUGAGCAGACUAACAUGAAGAAAAAUCAGUGGACAAUUUCCAGCUUUCACAACAAUCUUUGCGUUCCGGAGGAAGUGUUGCGAAAAAGAGCAUCAAACGUCAAUCUAGACACUUCUGAUAAGAGCGGUGAUAGCAAACGACAAACUGAUGCGGGAUUUAAUGGAAAGACAACGUUGCCUAGAAGAAAACGACUUAGCUUGCCCAUGGUUAGCUCAAAGGGAACUUUCAAUUCACUCCCAGUUCAGGCAAAAGACGACCGGUCCUCCAAGCUGAAAUCACCAAGACACUCACUUUCGAAACACACUACAGGAGCUCAACCCAUACGGAGACGCAGGACAUUACGAAACCUGGAGACGGCUAAGUAUCGCGUUUUGGCGGCAGAACUGGCACAUCGAAUGGUAAUUGAACGAGGGACUAGUGCAAGCACAACAGACGGUCAGGCUCAUGGUACAGUAGUCACAGUGCCAAGUGACGGUAUGCUUCAAUCAAUGUCCGGUGAUUUUAACUCCAUUACCAUAGCUGCAGCUCAGAACGUAAACAAGUCAUUGUCAAAUUCCAAGUACCUAUUUACCGUAACUGACAAAACUGAAUGCAAAUCGGAUUUUCGACUUGCACAAGCUAUGAACGAGACAGCGGCAAUAACAAUUGCCCCCGUAGAAUCGCGCAUUUUAUCCAACUUGUCUGCGCCAAAAUUGUUGAUAUCUGAGGAGGACAACAGUGAACAAAAUACGUGCAGGCAGCGCAUUCGCCGAUCACUGUUUCUUUCACCCAUUUCUGCGCGAAAGUUUCCUCCAAAAUCAGAGGGUUUUUUAUCUCCAACAUCCGAUCAGGCAGACCAACAGCCUAUACAUAAGUCCGGAUCGUGGUCAUUCUCCAGAUCAAUGGGAGCCACCGGACUACGCAACAUUUUGCAAUCGACUGACAAAAAACCCACUGAAUCGAGGAGGGAAUUCAAAGGACUUGAGGUGAAACCGUCGAAUCGCCUGUUGUCUGAGCGCGACAUACAAGACAGUGAAUGAAAUUAAUUCAACUGACUUUGUACCUAAUUACACGACUGACUGACAGUAAUGUACUCACCAUAGCUCAGCUCGUACACCCUACUUUAAAAUCCGAAUGAUGCUCAAAAUUUGUCGAGAUCAAAAUGUAUUUUUGCAUCCAAAUCAGGAUUUUGUGUGUGAAGCUUACAACUCGCAAUAGAGUGCCAUGUUUAACGUACUACGCAAAUAGGUUAGAAGUCCUCCGGUUUACACUCGUUAACACGCCAGAUCAUUAUAUUGCAAAAAUAUGAAACACCAUUUCAAACAUGUGCGCACAGUUACCUAAUAAAUAAAAUGACAAGUGCUUAGUGCGGCAUUUUCCUAUCUCUAUCCAGCAGCACCAGUGCAUACUUCUAUUGUUUUCAUUACAUACCUGCAUACAGUGAAAUGUUGGUUUUUCUAAACAAAAG